AUGUCGCCCGGACAGCCCUUGGCAGCUACUCCAAGAAGAGACACCAGUGCGACACCUGCAGAAACUGACGCGCGUCUUGUGAGGGCCGGUUUGAAAGACGUUGUUUUUCCCGGGCUCUCUCUGGGCCUUGAAACUUACAAAAGAAGCAGUCGAGAGCGACUCUUUGAAUGGGGAGAGCAGGACUGCUGUCUGGUCUUCUCGCUGGACUCGAGCCGACGGGACAGCGGCUGCAGGCGUCGCACUGCAGAAGGUGGAACGAAGAAAUCCGAAAUUUCGCCGGAGAACAGGGAGGUGCAGAAGAAUAAGAAACAGAGAAGCGAUGGAGAAGGCGCCUCCGAGAAGCUCGAGCGGCGCCAGCAAGGACAUGAGAAGAAAGCGAAGCAGCAGAACGUGGAGAAGAAGGAGGAGAUGAAGAGUGACAAGAAGGAGAGGGAGACAAAGACCGAGAAGAAGGAAAAGACGAGCGAGAAGAAGGGGAAGAAGAGGGAGAAGAAGAGGGGGAAGAAGAGGGAGAAGAGCGAGACGAAGAGGAAGAAGAGCGAGAAGAAGAGGAAGAAGAGCGAGAAGAAGAGGAAGAAGAGCGCGAAGAAGAGGGAGAAGAGCGAGAAGAAGAGGGAGAAGCAGGAGGGACGGCAAGACAUCGAUGAAGGAGAAACCGAGCAGAGGGGGCAAAGCUGUGUUGCAGACGAACGUACCGACGAAGGCUCUGAAGCGUAA